UAAACAAUUACUGUUUGGAAUCAGACAAGUACGAUACCAUCUUUUCCAUCCAAUCAUUCUCCAUUUGGUUCUCUCUCAAAAUUGUUCCGUUUGUCUCUCAAAACCACUCCACUGGUUUCCCGGCGGUAGAGGAGGAAGUGAAAGAGUAGAAGAAAACAAUUCCUCUGCUUCUACGAAACUCUCACUCUGAGGGUUUUGUGUUUCUUGUAAAUUUCAUUUCUUUACACUCCCUUCGACCUAUCUUUCCACCCAGCCUUAGAUUUUUGUUUUCUCUUCUUUUAUUUUGGGGCCUCUCUCUCUCUCUCACACACACACAUCUUCUUUUUUAGGCAGUUAGCAGUCUUGUUCGUGAGAGCCGGCAUCAUACUUCAUUGCCAAUUAGCUGUUUUUGCAUAAAGUGAAUUCAAUGGAGCAAUCCAAAAAUCCUUUUGCUGGCCCUUCUAAAGCUCCUUUCAUGGGUGUUUCUGAUAAAGAGAAAACUGCAUGGAAACUUCCGAAUGAUACCAGAGCGUAUCACACAUCUACCGAUGCUAGUUUGUUUUCUACCUCGUUGCCUGUAUUCCCACACAUGAAAUUUAAUUUUAGUGAAUCUGAACGAGUGAGAUCCAUUGAUGAUGGCUUCCCUAGUCGUACUAAAGGUCGUGUAGCUGAUGAAGUUAAGGAUCCGCUUGAAGAUAUUGAACCACAUACCAUGGGGAAUCUUCUUCCUGGUGAUGAAGACGAACUCUUUGCUGGCCUAAUGGAUGAUUUCGACCUUAGUGGGUUACCAACUCAACUUGAGGAAUUGGAUGACGACUUUUUUGGAAGUGGAGGGGGUCUGGAAAUUGAAUCUGAAAGUCAUGAGAAUCUGAUUAAUGGUAUAUCGAGGUUAAGCAUGUCGGAAGGUAUUAGUGGAAGUACCAUAUCUCCUUUUGGUUUCACAAAUGGUGUUGCAGCUGUUAGUGGCGAACAUCCAUAUGGAGAGCACCCGUCAAGGACGUUAUUUGUUCGCAAUAUCAACAGUAAUGUGGAGGACUCAGAGCUGAAGUCUCUCUUUGAGCAAUUUGGAGAUAUCAGAACUCUUUACACUGCAUGUAAACACAGGGGAUUUGUGAUGAUAUCAUACUAUGAUAUCAGAGCUGCCCGAACUGCAAUGCCUGCACUACAGAGCAAGCCUUUGAGAAGAAGAAAACUUGAUAUUCAUUUUUCGAUUCCUAAGGAUAACCCAUCGGAAAAGGAUGUUAACCAAGGCACUUUGGUGGUGUUCAAUUUGGAUGCAUCCGUAUCCAAUGAUGACCUUCGCCAAAUAUUUGGAGCUUAUGGCGAAGUUAAGGAGAUAAGAGAGACGCCUCAUAAACGGCACCAUAAAUUUAUCGAGUUUUAUGAUGUUCGAGCUGCAGACGCAGCUCUAAAGGCUUUAAACAGAAGUGAUAUAGCUGGAAAACGCAUAAAGCUUGAACCUAGCCGGCCUGGUGGUGCCCGUCGGAGCUUAAUGCAGCAGCUUAGUCAGGAACAGGAUCAAGAUGAAGCCCGGGCUUUCCUUCACCAAGUUGGUUCUCCUUUAGCUGAUUCUCCUCCAGGUAGCUGGGCCAAUUAUGGCAGUCCAGUCGAGCGAAAUUCACUGCAUGGUUAUAGUACGACGCCAAAGUUAGGAAGUCUGAGUCCUGUGGGGAGCAGCCACUUAACGGGGUUGGCUUCUAUUCUCCCGUCCCAUGCAUCUAAUCCUGUGAAAAUUGCGCCAAUUGGUAAAGAUCCAGGAAGGAUGACCCAAAACCAGGUCGUCAAUAAGGCUAACAAUGGCCAAGGAGUGGCUUUUCAGGAUCAUUAUUCGAUUCCUGAUCCAAACUUGAGCUCCAGUCCCGGGCCCGUCUCACCGUUUGACUAUUCCAAGCCGUCUAGCAUCGGUACACUUUCUGGUCCUCAGUUUCUUUGGGGAAGUCCCUCUGUCCAGUCUGACCAUGCCAAUUCAUCGGCAUGGUCUUCAUCUUUGAAGGCCCGUCCUUUUCAAUCCAGUGGUCAGGGAAUCGGUUUCCCCUACCCUAGUCAGCGUGGUUCAUUUCUCGGGUCACACCACCACGUUGGAUCUGCUCCUUCUGGUAUUCAACUGGAAAGGCAUCUUGGCUUUUUUCCCGAUUCUCCAGAAACUUCAUACAUAAACCAGGCAGCUUUUGGUGUAACAAAUUUUGGACGCAAUGGUGGGAGCCAUGGCAUGAAUAUCGGGGUCCCUGGGGCUGUGAAUGUAGGAGUUACUUUUGCUGGAAACUACACUGAUAGUGGUUCUCCUGGUUCCCGAGUGAUGUCUAUGACAAGAAAUGGCCCUUUAUAUUACGGGAACAGUUCUUUCGGAGCCACCAACAAUGAUGGGAUGAUUGAUCGUGCUCGUAGUAGAAGGGUUGAGAGUGGAGGCCAAAUGGAUAACAAGAAGCAGUAUCAACUAGAUUUGGAGAAGAUUAUGAGUGGUGAAGAUAGCAGAACUACGUUGAUGAUUAAGAACAUACCAAACAAGUAUACUUCAAAGAUGCUACUGGCUGCUAUCGAUGAAACCCAUAAGGGCACAUACGAUUUUCUCUAUUUGCCAAUCGAUUUUAAGAAUAAAUGCAAUGUUGGGUAUGCCUUCAUCAAUAUGGUAUCGCCUUCACACAUCAUCACCUUUUAUGAGGCAUUCAAUGGAAAGAAAUGGGAAAAAUUCAAUAGUGAAAAGGUCGCUUCUUUGGCGUAUGCAAGAAUUCAGGGAAAGAUUGCUCUCGUGUCUCACUUUCAGAAUUCGAGUUUGAUGAAUGAAGACAAGCGUUGCCGGCCAAUCGUCUUCCAAUCGGAGAGCCAAGGGACUGGUGAUCUGGAACUGUUCCCAUCUGGCAAUCUUAACAUCUUUAUCCGUCAGCCCGAUGGGUCCUACUUAGGAGAUUCUCUUGACAGUCCGAGGGGUGAUUCAGACAUCUUCGGAAGCUGAACUGAGCUGGGAAGGUCACUUGACUCCUGAUAAGAAUUCAGGGAAAAUAGGCGCUAACUCUGUAUAUUUUUGCAUAUAAAACAUGUUUCUAUUGAUAGUCAAGGUCAAUUGUGCAUAUGACUACACUUCUACUAGGGCAGUGUCCUCUGAUUUUUGCAGUGGAUACUCGGUUUUUUUUUUAUCUCGUGGAAGAAUAUAUUUAAUGAGGAAGCGCCGCCGUUUUGUCUGUGUGUAUUCCGGUAGCUGGAGGAAGAUGAAGCAGUGCACGGGGGUAGGCUCAGCUCUGCGUUUCUUCAUCCUUAAAUAUAUUGGCUCUCCCCUUUCCAGACUUUUAGCUUCCUCUUUAUUUCUGCUCGACUUUCGACUGAUUUCGUCAUUGUAUAGUAGUUUAGAGAGUCGGAGGUAUGUAGGCAUGGUGCUGUUUCGACCAAGUGUACAGUAGGGGGCGUCAACGCUUUAUUGUUUACUGUGGGCUUAACUUAUGCUUAUAACGCACGCUUUUAAUGAUAUUUGUUUUUUACAACAU